CGUGGUUGUCACAUGACAGAAACGGGAAGCGGUAGAAAUGAGUGCGGUGUAUGGUGGAGUUGAAGGGGGUGGGUCUCACUCCAAAGCAGUGCUGCUCUCUGCUACAGGGGACAUCCUUGCUGAGACAGAUGGACCUUGCACCAACCACUGGUUGGUUGGGGUUGAUAAGUGUAUCGAGGGUAUUUACGACAUGGUCCAGAAGGCAAAGGUCAGUGCGGGGCUGGACCCGGACACACCCAUUUAUUCACUGGGCAUGUCACUGAGUGGUGGGGAGCAGAAGGCUGCCAUUCAGAAACUGAUUGAUCAGAUGUCAGAAAGAUAUCCCAAAUUAAGCCAAAGUUAUUACAUCACCACUGAUGCCAUCGGUUCCAUAGCAACAGCUACUGACCAUGGUGGCAUAGUGGUGAUAUCAGGCACUGGUUCUAACUGUAAGCUGGUGAACCCUGAUGGUACUCAGGUGGGCUGUGGGGGAUGGGGUCACAUGAUGGGGGAUGAGGGAUCAGCAUUUUGGAUCUCUCAUCUUGCUGUAAAAACUGUAUUUGAUGCCAAAGAUAACCUGGCCAAACCUCCACAUGAUAUCACCUAUGUUAAAAAAGCCAUGGACGAGUACUUCCAGGUGUCAGAUCUGAUGGGCAUGCUCCCCCACCUGUACAGAAACUUCCAGAAAUCUCACUUUGCUGGGUUCUGUAGAAAACUUGCUGAAGGUGCCAAUGCAGGCGAUGCUCUCUGUCAGUAUCUGUUUACCCAGGCUGGUGAAAUCCUAGCACAGCACAUUGUAGCAGUGCUGCCCAAAGCACACCAGGAGCUGUUCUCAGGUGAGCUGGGCUUGCCCAUUCUGUGUGUAGGAUCUGUGUGGAAGAGCUGGGAACUGAUGAAGGAUGGUUUUACUCAAGUGCUGUCUCAGGCCCAAGCAUCUCACAACCAUUUCCGAAAGUAUAGCCUUCUCACCCUGUGCCAUUCAUCUGCUCUGGGGGGUGCCAAGCUGGGGGCUCAGAAUGCAGGGGGCAAUCUUCCUGUGGACUACUCCUCUACUGCCAGUGUGUUCUUUAGCCACUCCUUCACCUAGCAGUGACUGGGAUGGGACAAAUGCGGACCAGUGAAGACCGAUGAAGCAAUCAGGACUCUAAUCAGAAAUCAGACUCUACGUGCAAGUCACUGGGAGCAGUGCUUGUUGUUUCGCAGUUCAGUAAAAUCCAAAACGACUUCCCCUUUUUGGAUUUUUUGGACUUCCCCUAGGCACUUCCACUUAGGAAAAUACAUCUAGUCAGAAUGCAUACGGCACUUUCAAAUUGAAAUGGCAUCUGUUAAGUUCAAAUAAAUGCCAUUUGUUUGAAAUUAAUAGGUGCCAUGUCAUGUUCAGUUACAGUUAGAGUUCAUCAGUAUCAUUGUUGCAAAAAGGACGCCUUCCCAUAUGUGCAGGGAAAAAUAUGUACAGUACAUUAGUCUUGAUUUGAUUAAUCAAAAACAAAGAGUAAAAUGUGAAUGAAUGCUGUUCAGGGUAACAUAGAAUAUGAUUGGCUUGUCAUGUGGCUCAGAUGUAUCUCACUCAGAGCGCUAAUUGUAAAAUGCUGUAUGCUUUUUUUAAUUUUUUAUACAGUAUUCAAAUCUUCUCAUAAUAAAACUGCAGUCACAAGGCUCACAAUACAAAAUGCUUAGGUAGUGUGUUGCAUUUUGGUGAAGUUUUAAGCAAAAACAUAUGCUAAAGCAUUUCAUACAGUUAACAAGUAACCCUAAUUUAUGCUGAUGUUUCGGUAGGGAGUUAAUAAAAUGACAGCGACAGCACUUGAGACCCAGUGCUGUGCAGACAUUUAUAUUCUUUUUAAAUUUAAGAAGCACUGAAAAACAUCUGUGCAUAAUUGUGCAAAAAACGUCCUUAUUUUAUUUGUUAACAGAUAUUUAGAUAGUAAAGCACAAAAAUUGUUCCAAUCAAGAUGAUUUAUAAGGCAGUUCCAGGAUGUGCCCGCAUGGUUUAACUUAGAUGUGUCUCUCUUAUUGUUUUUUCUUUGGAGGUGACUGAAUGUUAACAUGUGAACAGGCACAAUGAUGUCAUAAUGCUCAGUUGCCAUGGAAAGGAAACUACAGAACACUACAAUAUUGUGACAACAUUCUCAACAUUCUACAUACAGCUGGUCACCAAAUUGCUCUGGUGCAGUGCUUUAGAAAAUCUGCUCUUGAUCUUGGAGAAAAUGCAAUCUGGGCAGAUGAUUUCUAGCUUGAAGAACUAUAAGGUAAAGCAUUGCCUACAGUACACAUGACAGAUUGAAACACCUUACUAAUUUAUCAUAUAACCUAGUGAAGCUAAAAUGUGGGAAAAUUAAGGCAAAUAAACAGCAUGUUAAAAUCUUGAAGCAGGAUUUCUCAUUUAGCUACAUAACACCAAAGUCCAGCUUAUGUAAAAAAUCAGUGUCAUUCUUAUUGGACAGUUCUCACUCUGGCUAAAGUUAUCCAGCUUUACCAUGAAAUCUUCGCUUUGUGAUAACUCACUUUGGAGGAAGCCACUGUGCUUCAUGGACAAUGGAAUUAUGUUUUCUUUCUGCAUUACAAAGGGUACAUUUACCCAAGGCCCUUGGUCAAAGGCAGAGCUACAGAGCACCCACAGAGCAGACUACAAGCCUUACAAACAGCGUUCACUGAAGCUGUACCAGCCUGACCCCCAGACUUGCCCCAAACCAGCCAGCCCUGUACUCAACAAUAAGCCUGAAGUAAGCAUACUUUAGCACAUACAGGAAAUAUUAGUUUUGGCAUGCAUGAGCCCAUUGUGUGGUCUUGUUGCAGACUGAGCAAAUACUGUCCUACCCAGUGAAAAAAAGAAAAAUGCUGCAACAAAAAAGAACAUGCAUUAUCUGAAAUCAACUCAGUGUUUUGAACAGUGAAAAAAGAGAUAACUGUUGUGUUUCCUUGUUUCAACCGUACUAUACUGUCUCCCAUUUUUGCAUUUAUGAAUGUAAUUCAGUACAGAGAAAUGUCCUGUUUUCUGGGGGAGGAAGGAAGCUCCCACAGCACAUAAAAAGAGAAGCUGGAAAGCUGUAUCCAGCUGACAAGUGCCUCAAAGUUGACAUAUGACACAAUAGCAUCAUAAUAAUAAACGGGGGCAAAAAUCUGAUUACUUGAAAUCAUAAAUACAGUUUGAUUAACUAUAUGAAAUAUAUAACUGCAUUUUUUUGGUGGUUGUGAAAUAAAUUUAUACUUGAAGGGUC